AUGGGUGAAAACUCUACAUUAAAAUAUCUUUUUGAAAGUUCUAACAUUUCACUGUGUGAGUUAUUUGAUGCUUUAGAAGAAAGGUAUCAAGAGGAGAAUGAUUACUGUGAAUUUGUUAGCUGGAAGCAAACUAUACCGCAAAUAGGACCAAAAAAUACUUCAAAAUCUAUUUUCGAACUAGUGAUACAACAAUUAGAUGAAUUUGUAAUACCAAAUAUAAUAAAGAAUCAGGAAGAGCAAAUGAAUCUAAGCUUAUAUUAUCAUGCUGUGGAGAUUGAUUUUGAAGUUUUACUUUCUAAAGAAAAGAAAGUUAAUAAGUCAGACCAGUUUAUAGAUAACUUAUUUAACUAUCCACAAGUAAAACUGAGUUCAUUUCUAAAUGAUGCUUCUGCAAUUCUUGAAGUCUAG